AGCAGGGGCAGCAGUUCACUGACGGACUCGGGCAGGAAGCGCAAGGAAUUCUGGGAUUUUUAGUUCUAAAUGGCGGACGGUUGGUUUGAUUAAAACCCGAGAAGAACAAAAACAAGCCAUUUACCGCUGAAAAUUAAAUAUCUGCCACGCAUUCAACAUAAAUAUAAGCUUCGUGUGCGUUGACUCCGGAUAAAAAGGCGUGGAUUUAGUCGACGUGCAGCGAACAGCGGCUCACUUUUGCUGAAAAAUAAACAGGAAGUUGUUAGCGUUGUGGGACGUGUAGUUCCGCCUGCAGGCCGCUGAGCUUGAUAACAACGCACAGAAUAAAGAAACAACACAGAAAUAAGGUAAACUGAAUCCAGCGGCUGUGUUUUCAGGCUCGGUGUUGAGGUAAACAUGCCCGGGUUCACCUGCUGUGUCCCUGGCUGCUACAACAACUCGCACCGGGACCGGGACCUGCGCUUCUACACGUUUCCCAAAGAUAGCGCGCUGCGGGAGCUGUGGCUGCGGAACAUCUCCCGGGCCGGGGUCAGCGGCUGCUUCAGCACCUUCCAGCCCACCACGGGACACAGAGUCUGCAGCGUGCAUUUCGCCGGCGGGAGGAAAACCUACAGCAUCCGAGUGCCGUCCCUCUUCCCUCUGCGGGGGGUGAACGAGCGGCGGAGCCGGCGCGGCAGAGGGAGGAAAGUGUCCGCGGCAGCUCCCGCUCCCGCCGCUGCAGCGACCUCGGGGAUUGUUAUCACUAACGUUAAUGUCCUGGGCAGCACGGUAGAAGGAGCCGAGGCUAAUGCUGGCGGCGAGGCGAGCGACGACAGCAUCACCGUGGUGCAGAUAGGCCAAAACGGGGAGUACCUGGGCACGGCGCGGCUGCCCGCACAGUCAGAGGGGACGUCCUAUACCGCGCCGAUCUGCAGCUCCGACGACCUGACCGCAGACGACUCAUCGGUGGAAACGGUGAACCAGGCGCCCGUGCAGUACGUCAGUGUGACUAGCAGCCCGCUGGACCACUCGUACUCUCUGACCACUGGCACCACGUCCGCCGAGCUGCUGCGGAAACUGAACGAGCAGCGGGACAUCAUCGCGCUCAUGGAGGUGAAGAUGAAGGAGAUGAAGGCGACCAUCCGCCAGCUCCGGGUGGCAGAGGCCAAGCUGCAGGAGGAGGUGCGGGAGCGGGACCGGCUGCUGUACGGCAAAUCUGUGGCAUUUGUUAGCGUCCGCAAUAAAAUGUGAUGGGUGAACAUCACCAGACACGACCCGUUACAGAGACUCAGACUGACACCGAGGACGUUGAAGACCUAUUUUGUAUGAAACUACAAGCGAUGACAAUUUAUUUUCAACAAGUAGAGCUGUUUUUUCGUAGGCCUAAUGUAAAAAAAGUUGGCUGGCUAGUUAUGUAGCUGAUAGUAAUAAUCUCAUUGCUAAUCACCUAGAAACAUGCACAGUCUACUGUUGGUCUGCAGCUCAACCAAGGUCAAUAACACCCAUUUUAUCCAUACAGAAGAGUCAUAGUUUGCACAGACUUACAAGUGAAGCAGGCAUAUUUAUAACUUGACUGAUGAGGAAGAUGCUCAAGACUGCCUAGUUGCAUAGAAAGUUUUUCUCCGUAAAAUUUCUCUUAAAAUGUUUUUUAUAUCCUUACUUUCUCACUGAAAUUUGGAGGAGUUUGCAAAGAACAUCUCAAAGCAGAUUGCGGAAGUUAAGGUAAAGUAAGCCAAGACGAACUAUCCAUAGGAUCUGGUAACAAAACACUAUUCUUGGCACACUUAAACGGUGUUAGUCCAUGGAUUAAAACUCUACCAAGACUAUUUCUGAGUUCCCCUUAAAGGUACCUUAAGUUGAUUUCCUUUAAUUUCCGUUGCUAAAGACGUUUGUGCAACAGAAAACAGACUUUUGAGGAAUCCCUUAAAACUUGAAAGGGCACUCUAGGAUGAAAUCUUAGUUAAGGACGUUUCUUGAAGACAAGCAUUAAGUUACUUUUGUGCAACGAUUUGCUUUUUUUCGUAGGACUCUUGAGAGAACUACAAAACAUUUUGUAGAGAUAUGCAACUUGGACAUGUACGUCUGUCUCCGAGGUUGACGUGAGGGGAAAAAAGCGCCUGCUUGUUUCUGUGUGAUUUGUGAAUUUUUACGUGCCUGUUUAUGGUUCAGAUGUUUCUCCACACAGACGUUUAGUGGUUGCAUCUCUCUGUCCUGUUCAUGAGUGUUUUAUGCACAGGAUGUUACAUACAUUUCAGAUUUUUGACAGCUAUGCCCUUCUCGUUUUUGAAGUAAAUUUCCAUUUGAAAUAGCGCUGAUUCACGCUGAGUAAUUUCUCAACUCAUCUAAUGUGUCCUGGUUUUGUCCAGUGUUAUAUUAACAAAACAGGAACAGGUGGAUCCUCAAGUAUUUUGAAUGUUAUUACCUUCAAGUUAAGGGGUUUUAACUCACCCACCACUGUGAAUAACUUGCUGGGUUGCUGUCAUCUCUAAGGAUCUUUUGUUUGGUCUGUUUUUAGAAACAAAGCGGUGCAAAUUUGAGUUUUCCAAUGACUUUAGCUCUAUUGUCAAAUUAUAGUUUUAGUAUUAUUUUGUUUUCAGCUGUGUUUAGUUGUAUCCAGUUACAUCAUCAACUAUAAAGACUUGUGAUGGGAAAGAAACAUGAACUGAAACAACAUUGCUGCCCUGUUUUGUACACCUGUUGGGUGAAGUUUGACACAAACUGGUGCUGAAAGCAUAACUUAACCUGUACUGUGUCAGUGUGAAGAGAGCAUCCUGCAAAAGAUGUUGCCUUAUAAAGACAGAUGUGAUGAAGUGUACAACCCAUCAUUUUUGCUUUUUCUUUUGAAUGAUUAUUGAAGAUGUGAGUUGUACUUGGGGUUUGACUGGUGAGAAACAACUACAAUUUCCCAAAACCUACAAAAAUGCACUGAUAUUCUUGUUUAGGUUUCAGGUUUAUUAUUGAUUUAUGCAUCCGCUACUAUUUCUGAUGAAUUAAUAGGACAAAAUUAUUUCUUCAGGUUUCUUUUUUGACCAAAAAUAAAAACCCAAAAUGUAGUUUUUAAAGCAAACAAAUUGUCACAUUUGAGAAGCUUGGAAACUGAGAAACUGUUGAUCAUCUUUAAUAAUUUGAGCACUGUAGUUUCAGUGCGUGUCCCCAGUGAGAGUAUAAGGGAUAAAUAAAUGAAUACUUGACUUUUUCACAACUUGAUUGUAGAUCUGAUUUAACAGUAGAAACUACAAGAGGUAAAAAUGUGUGUUCUUUGAUUGGCAGAUGUUGCAGCCUGAUUUUCCUCCUCUAGAUGGCGGUGGGAUAAAAGUCUAUGGCCUAAUUUGCUUUAUCUGUCCGUCUGUGUUUGUUGGCAGCUUGGAUGGUCAUUUGCUUGAUUGUACUCAUAUUAAACCACUGAAAUGGUGAAUGUCAUCAUGCGAAUGUGAAGCCGUAGUGCAGUUGCUAAGCCCAAACUGUAACUGCGUAAUUUUGGACACCUAUCGUGAUAAUGUGUUACAUGAAACGGAGAAAGAGGGAGAGACGGAUGAAUGGAUAGAUGGAGAGAAUUGGAGAGAGCGAGGGUCCAGAUCCUAAUCUCAUCUGGAUUUAUUUUUUUUUACUCCCAACAGUGUUGCAUAAUGCCUUAAUCCAGAGCUGUCAAUCCAACUUACACAACUCUGAUCUCUUUCUAUGGCCGUUGUUACUACAGCGCUGUUUACAUUCAUGCCGCACAACAGCUUCUCAUGUCAGACUGUCUCAUCCUUUGAGAGUAAUUAUGUAAUGUGAAUGAAGUAAAACAUUGUUUGCAAAACAUGA